AUGAAGAUCAUCAUCAUCUUUUCAAUUUUAUUUACUGUUCAAGGUAUAAAUAUUGAUGAUGGAUUAAUAUCAAAUGAAAAUUCAUCAAUAAUCAAUGAUUUAAAUAUGGUAACUCAAAUGAUAAAUGAAAGUGAUAGAACAAUUUUUCUACAAACAUCAAAUGAUCUUUUAACAAGUCUAUUCGAUAUUAAUAAAAUCAACUUUUCAACUAUUAUUCCUGAAAAUAUUUUAUCUAAUGCAACAUUUGAGAGUCAAACAUGGCCAUCAUUAUUUGAUCAUGAUAAUUCGUCAUUAUCUUCAUUUUUGCCUACGACUAAUUUUGAUUAUACAAUAUCAUCAGAAGAAAGUCAAAUAACAAUUCAACAACAAUGGUUUAAUAUUAAUCAAAGUCAUGUACGAGAUCCUUAUAGCUCGGUUUUAUUUUGGAAACAUACAAGCGGUUCUGCAUGGCAUGGUGCAACUUAUAUUCUAUCAGCUAAACCUCAAUGUGUUCGUCGAAUGUGUUCUGUUAAAUUGAAAUAUAAUGGUACAUUAUCAAGUCUUACCAGUGGUUGUCUUUCUUUUACUCUUCGAACACGUGGUCAACCAGUGGGUCAGUUAUGGAUUAUAGAAGAUCGUGAACAUGAAAAUACUUCACAAAAAAUUCAAUUGACUAGUAAAACUUUACGUAUUGAACAUUCAUUAAAAUCGAAAAUAAAAAAUUUAUCAAUUGAAACACGAAUUUUAUUUCGUAAUUCACAAAUCGAUAGUCUUAUCUUAUCAAAUUUAAAUAUUGAUUGGAAAGGACCUUGUCCAAAACAACGUUCAGUUCCAACACCUUCUCCUGAUAUAAGUGCACGUCGAUCAACAUUAGAAGAUGAUUUAAUGACAUUAACUAGUGAAGAUUCUAAUCUUUCGAGUACUUUAAUAACUAAUGAUCAAUUUACAAUUACACAACAAUAUUUAAUAGAUGAAUCAACACCAAUAACAUUCAUUCAAGAACUAAUUACUAGAUCUUCAUUUUCUUUUGUUAAUCAAAAAAAUAUUGGAUGGUUUUUAUCAUUAAUAGCACUUUUUUGUUUUCUUAUUGUUUUAUGUGCAGUUGUAUAUGGUCUAUGGUUAAUAAGACAACACCGUUAUUUUUCUUGGCAUGUCACUGUUGAUUCACGAAUUUAUUUACUUGCUCGACGAUCAAUUCAUUCAUCAACAAGAUCAGAAACUAAAAUAGCUACUGUAUCUCAACUAGUUGAUGAUUUACAAAAAGAACAUAUAGAUACUCCAACAACGAAUAGUAAUCGAUCAACACCAAUAUCAUAUUAUACUUAUCUUUAA